CACUGAGUCGUCCUUGGUGCAUAUCCAGCCCAGCCCAGCCCUGCCCUGUCCAGCUCACAGCUACACUCACCGAGACGAACCUAACCCAGUCAAUAACUAUUACACAUAACCAUGGCUGACACAGGCGAAGAGCCACAUCACGUUUCGGAGCCUCUCGACCUUGUUCGACUCCUUCUCAACGAGGUUGUCUUUGUCAAGCUUCGAGGAGACCGUGAGCUCAAGGGGAAGCUACACGCUUACGACAGUCACUGUAAUCUGGUAUUGGGAGAAGUCGAGGAGACCAUCUACACUGUGGAUGAGGACGAUGACGAUGAAGAACUCAAGACUAUCAGCCGGAAAUCCGAGAUGCUGUUUGUGAGAGGCGAUAGUGUCGUCCUUAUCUCACCUGGGGUUCCGUUCUAGAAGGGAUACAAAGAACCAUAACACCCUGCACUCACUCAAAUGUGCAGACACUGUCUCAGCAGCGACUAUUCCCGUUGCGUCAUACAACAGCCUGAGGCACAGAGCUGCUCAAAGCACCCCGAAAGCAGCAGCCCAAGGCUGUCUUGAUACCAGUAUUUAGGGUUCAAUAUCUUACAGCAUUACAACCCUUGAGCCACAUUGUGUUCCAGCAAAAGCUAAGGCGAAGUUGAACAAGUGGCUCCUAUUGCCGGAAAGCUCACCCUGACAGAUUUAGCUCAGAGUUUAGAUAGAUAGAGCAUUGAUAUCACAAAAAAAGAUUGAUGCAAAAGCCCACGUCUAGUUCGCAUCCAAUACAGCCUUCCGACACCGGUAUAUCACAAUUUAUUGUCUAGUUCAGGAUACCCGUUGGUGAAACUGUGGUUCCCAUGGCAUUUUAAAAAGUCAAAAUGCCAUUCUAGCAAUACAUAC